GCAGCAAUUGAUAAACUUGAUCAGCGUUUAUCAAACAUUCAAAGGUUUCCAGGAUUAAAAAUAUUUAAGGAGGGUCUAAAAAAUAUUAAACAGUUUAUAGCUGAUGAGUAUCGUAACAUGAUGAAAGUAUUUCUAUUCAUUGUUGAGGGCCUAAUUAAAAAGUAUCACAAAGCUUCAAUAGAAAAAAAUGUUGCAAAGCAUUAUGAUAAUACAUUAGUCAAUAUUUAUUAUUGA